AUGGUCGCGUCACCCGUCGACCCUAUAAUAAUUCCAUUAUUUCAGAGCCUCUUCUCUUCGCUCGUGCCACAGCUUCAAUCGUCAGACAUUGGAGCACAAAUCGACAAUAAGGCUCUCCACUCAGACAACCCAUUCUCUGGGCUUUCCGUAUUGGCAAAUCUGAAAACAACGAACACUGCCACCACGACGCCCUUCGACCCAGUACCAUUGACGAUCUCCGAAUUGACCGGAGUUCCCUUAAAACAGAUGCCUCAAUCGCCCCACAGCCGUGCUACCGGUGGGGUGGUAGCGGCUCGACGAGGUAUGACCUAUACUGUGGCUUCUCCUGGUGCACCAGGAGCUCCAAUUGCUACUCCCCUUCAAACAGCGAACGCGCAAGCGGCACCGAAAAACCCGAAACUCUACAAAACCGAGAUGUGUCGAACGUGGAUGGAGCAGGGACGCUGCAACUAUGGCGAACGCUGCCAAUACGCGCACGGCGAGCACGAGAAGCGCUAUGUACCCAGACAUCCCAAAUACAAAACCGAGAUGUGCCAGUCGUUCCACAAAACCGGAUACUGCCCCUAUGGACAUCGGUGUCACUUCAUUCACAGUGAGACCGAGCUCCAACACCAUCAACGGGACCGUGAGGUGAACCUGCGCGCUAAUUUGAACAACUUGACACCGCUGCCCAUCGCCCCGCCCAACCAACUACUCGGACAGUCGCUACUCUCUUCGGGCUCACCACUCCUCAGCCAUCUCUCACAAACGGGCUACGGAUCCGCCGGCGAAAGCCCCUCGAGCUCAAAUGCCGACAGCGGCUCAGAAUCGCCCGCUGGCUCCUUCUCACCGGGUCUCGACCUCGAUGAGGCGUGCUUGAACCCGUUGGCAGCUGCCUUUGGCCUCAGUCAGACGAGCCGCAUGCUCCCAUACGGAGGCUAUAUGAUGCCCCAUCUUGCCGCUCAUCACCUGGCGCCUCAGCGUUUCCUCCCCGGACAGGGCGGAUUCACGGAUCAUUUCCCUGGAACGAGUCCGACCUCAUCUUCAUCAACGACGACAAAGGCCGAAGAGGAGAAAGAUGAUAGCCGUAUGGGUGCCCUGCUCGAAGACAUUGUUGCCUGGUCUGUCGAAGAGAGGCCCGAAAAACCCGGUCGUCUUCCGGUAUUCGCGCAGCUCUCCAAUCCAUCCCAA